AUGGCUUCUUUUACACGUCUAGUCCGCUUCCUGGCCAAGGAUGGCCAAAUCUACUAUGGCGAUGCUCUCCUGCCUUCCGGCGUAAGCGACAUCUCCAAGGCUACACAGGCGAAAGUUAUUCAGGGUGAUAUCUUCGGGGACCAUAAGGUGACCGAGCAAGUAGCUGAUAUCCGAUUGCUCCUGGCUCCGUUGGCCCGACAAGAUAUCGCGGCAGUGCGCUGUCUGGGCCUCAACUACGCGCAGCACGCAAAGGAGUCGGGCAAUCCCAUUCCCAAGUACCCAGUGCUCUUUUUCAAGCCUGUCACUUCUAUUUCAGGCCCUACAGAUGAUAUUCCAAUUGCCCCCUUGGCGCUGGAGGGCGAAGGCCUAGACUACGAAUGUGAACUGGUCAUCGUCAUUGGCAAAGAGGCCAGAGAUGUGCCCGAGAGCAAGGCCCUGGAAUACGUCCUCGGCUAUGCCGUGGGCAAUGACGUCUCCCACCGGGAAUGGCAGAUAAAGCGUGGUGGUGGUCAGUGGGGUCUAGGGAAGACCUUCGAUGGCUGGGCACCCUUUGGGCCUGGCAUCGUCUCUACAAAACUGAUUCCAGAUCCCAACGCCCUGCGGAUCUCAACUGUUUUGAAUGGGCAGACUGUCCAGUCUUCAUCGACAAAGGACAUGAUCUUCGGGGUGGCCAAGACCGUCUCGUUUCUAUCCCAAGGCACCACUCUUCUGCCCGGAGAUUUAAUAUUCACUGGAACGCCCGAAGGCGUGGGCAUGGGUCGAACCCCGAACCUCUGGCUGAAGGAUGGGGAUCAGGUAGAGGUUUCGUUGGAGGGAGUAGGCUCGUGUGUUAAUAAGGUAGUCUUCAAGCCGGGAUCGAAACUGUAA